CCCCGGUCUAAGAUGCCUCGCAAGUCUGCAACCACGGCCACCGACGGCCCCGCUGAGCCACGUCGCUCUGCGCGUAUCAAAGAUCAACCCAAGCCCACAGUCUCCUCGAAGAAGGCCCCCGCCAAACCACGAGCUAGGAAGACGAAGGCCAAUGAGCAGCCUGUGGAAGACGCGGCUGAGGAGCCUAAGCCUACUAAAGGCAGGAAGAGGGCCGCCUCUGAAGUAGAGGCCGAAGAUGCUGCGCUGAACGGCGCGUCCGAUGUAGAUGGGCCGCCCCCUGCGAAGCGUGCGAAGCCUGCAUCUAAGGCCGCGUCCAAGCCAGCAUCCAAGGCUGCAUCCAAGCCCCCAUCUAAGGCCGCGGGGACGGCUAGCAAGCCAGCAUCCAAGGCUGCCGGCGCCUCCAACAAGCCGGCGUCGAAGGCGUCGCGUGCGGGAUCCGCCAAGCCCGCAUCUCGCGCUUCUGCAAAGCCUCCAUCAACCACCGGAAAGAAACCUGCCUCGCGUGCAGGAUCGAGAAAACCUGCGUCCAAGGUGGGGAAGGAUAAUAAGGAGAAUGGCGGAGAGGCCGCAGCGCCGGCCCCAGAAACGAUUACUGAAGAGCCCGAGGCUGAAGCGGCUGCAGAGGAGGCAGCUGCGGAAUCCCCUGCAGAGACGGCGUGAUACUUGCGCCUAAUACGAACACUAAUGAGAACUGUACUGUGGCCUGUUGUGUGUCUUUGCGUCGUUUUUUAUCCCCUUUACUUUAUCAGCUUGGAGAUGUCGGCUGUAUUCCGUUCCGUCUUGUCUACUGGUCUCUAUUCAUUUUCUCCCAUAUUCCUGCCGUCGCCUCGCAGCAACACUGCUAUGUUCAGGUUACCGUCGCCAAGUACUCGUGCAUGCACUGUUAUAUUAGUAGUCUGUCUGAUUGACUGAGUGGGACUGUAUAGCCACGUGCCAUGUCCUGAGGUCCCUCUGGAUGAAUAUAUACUUUGCUGUUGUA